CCGAAAAAUAGGUUUGGGGAUCAUUUUGAUGUCUACAGUAAAAUAGGAGUCGUAUAAGUGAUCGCACAGGCCUUUAUUCUGUUGUUUCGUCUCCUCUCGCAGACUGCCGUCUACGUUGCUCCGGUAACUGGUAUCCCUGUGCUUCUCUUCAGCGGUUUCUUCGUGAAUUUUGACACCAUUCCGAAAUACAUGCAGUGGUUAACAUACGUGUCAUACGCGCGCUACAGCUGGGAAGGGACGGUGUGUGCCAUAUAUGGAAAUAAACGAGGGCCUCUAGAAUGCAAGAACAAGCGGUGUAUUUUUACCAACAGCGAAGAUGUUUUAAGCGCUAUGGAUGUUGAGGAGAAUGCGCUCUAUUUAGAAGGCGCCAAGAUAUACUUCGACGGUUUUGUGCUAUUUUUAUUCUUCGUUGCACUCAGAUUGGCGGCCUAUUGGGUAUUGCGGUACAAAGUCAAGUCGUACCGCUAGCAAAGACCUGUUGUCCGGCACGAGUGGAAAGCGUUCUCGGGCUAUUUUCCAUUUGCAAGCUUUGACUGUCUCUAAAAGCUAGCUUGCUGUGGCUUUGUGUUGAUUGUGGGUUGUGUCUGUAGUGUGUUCUAUUGUAGCCUGCUAGUGAGCUCUCCAUUUAGGGGGAGUCGCGAAAAGUCACGCGAGAGUCACACGCGAAAGGAGACGCGGGUAUGAGGAGCGCGCGCGUUCUCAUGGCUCGCUUCGCUUGCCAUAAUUGGAGAGCUUGCUCGCAGGCUAGUUCCAUGGUAGUUCUAUUCACUAAAAUUUUAUAGAUUUAAAAGAUUUGCGAAAUUUUGUGCGAUGAAAUUAUUAUUAUUAUAAGGGAUUUUAAAGGGUACCGUUUUAGGCAUCCGUUCACGUUUCAUGAAUAAAAAUCGUAUCGUUCUUAAUUAAAUUAGUAGCUUUAAGCAGUCCACUAUGAGACUCACAAUUUGCUAACAGCGUUUUGUAGUUUUCAAGAAUACGCAUGCGCAUCAGCUAAAUUGCUACCACAUUGGUGAUGAAUGAAGGCUCUUCUCUCCAUGCAAACAGCAAAGCAUCAAAACUGUUUCGAUUAUCUCCCACGCAUACCAGACCAUAAAAUAGUCGAUUUGCAACCAAAAAUCGCGUCCGGUGUGGUUAGAUCAUUUGUUACUAAUCUCACUUGCAAGUGUAAAGUUUGUACUUAAGACUUCUACAAGAGCCAAAUUGAUAUGCAUAAUCAAUAGCACCAAAGGAAACUCUUAAGGAUUUCAUCCACAGACUCAAGAGUUUAGAACCUCCUUGUACAGCAUCAUGAAAGUACUGCUCAGUAGCUUUCAUUUGAAUGGCCACACUUUAGGAUUUCAUCCACACACUCAAAAAUGAGAACAACCUUGUACAGCAUAUUAAACAGCACCACAGGAAAGUACGGCUCAGUAGCUUUCAUUUGAAUGGCCACACUUAAGGAUUUCAUCCACAGACUCAAAAGUUAGAACCACCUUGUACAGAAUGAUUAACAAUACCAUAGGGUAGUACUUCUCGGUGGGUUUCAUUUGAAUGAUCACUCAGCAGAUUUCAUCCACAGGCUCAAAAACUUUUAUUAACUUUUAAAGUAUAAUUAACGGUACCACAGAAGGGGACAUCCUUUGUUUCCCUUUUAAGUUUCAGAAUAUCUUCUUGGUUAGACGUUUAAUUCUAUGAUUGUUUCUGAGUAGAUAUUCAAACAAAAAACGAAGACAAGCUGCGGUGAGCCGGACUCUUGUGCUUGUUGGUUUGUUUUAGCCACAUUUUGUUGUUUCAGAAACAUCGAAAUGGCCGGACCAUUUCCAAAGGUCAUCUGUAAUAUGCGGGACAUUAUCUCCAACGUUUCGAUAACAACAAACGACAAGCGUGGAAAAUCUUGUCUAUUUUUGAGCUUUCACCGUUAACAACUUGAUGUUGUAUGUUGGUUUUACCCUGGGAUUUCAUCCAGGCUACUAUAAUAAAAAGUGUUGUAUUGGAAAGUAUUGCUCAGUAGGUUUCAUUUGAAUGGUCUCAGUUAAGCCGUGAGGAUUUCCGUUCAUCCACAGACUGCAAAGUAUGAGCCACCUUGUACAGCACAGUAAACAAGACCAUAACAAAGUCCUGCUUAGUAGCUUUCAUUUGUAAUGAAUGGUCGCGUAAUCGGAUUCGUCUACAGACCUCAAAAUAGGCCAUUUCCGAGUUCCAAAAAAUCUC